GCCACAUGUUAAAGCAAAGGUAAGAGUUUUUACACUUGAAGAAAGCGAGACGAUGGCUUCGCUUCCGAGCAUGGUGCUCAAGGCCGUGCUCAACAAUCCCCACACCAUCACCACGAAGCCACGCGCGAAGCAACUCCAUGCCCAGAUCGUCAAGCACAAGGGACUCUCCUCCACGUCCUUGUCCUUCAUCCUCUCCAUCUAUGCCGACCUGAACCUCCUCCGCGAGUCCCUCCUCGUCUUCAACGCCCUCCCCUCCCCGCCCUUCGUCGCCUGGAAGUCCAUCAUCCGGUGCUACACCUCCCACGGCCUCUUCGCCGAGUCUCUGGCCUCCUUCUCCAGGAUGCGCGCUUUCGGGAAGUACCCAGAUCACAAUGUGUUCCCUUCGGUGCUCAAGUCGUGCGCCUUCUUGAUGGACUCCAGGUUGGGCGAGGCGGUUCACGGGUGCGUCGUACGGCUCGGCGUCGACUGUGAUUUGUACACGGGCAAUGCGCUCAUGAAUAUGUAUGCGAAGUUCCGGAGUUUGGGUGGGAAUGGUGGGAUUAGAGGUUUUGCGGAUGAAGUGCUCGACGAGAUGUCGCAACGGGUGAACCGUGGCAAUGUUAUGAGACAGAUGGAUGAUCACGAGAGUUGUUUAGAUUCUGGACCCGAGAUGUAUCAGUUGAACUCAUCGGGACAAAAUGAAAUCGGUUCGUUGGAAAUCAGGAGGGAAGCAUGUUGUCAGAGGGAUAGUGUGAGAAAAGUGUUUGAUAUGAUGCCUAAGAGGGAUGUUGUUUCCUGGAAUACCGUCAUUGCUGGGAAUGUGCAGAGCGGAAUGUAUGGAGAAGCCCUAGCGAUGGUUAGGGCAAUGGGAAAUGCUAAUUUGAGACCCGACUCCUUUACUUUGUCCAAUGUUCUUCCAAUAUUCGCGGAACAUGUAGACGUUCAUAAAGGGAAGGAGAUUCAUGGAUAUGCUGUGAGGCAUGGGUUCGAUACAAACUUGUUCAUCGGUAGUAGCUUGCUAGACAUGUAUGCAAAGUGUGCUCGAGUCGCAGAUUCGUAUCGUGUGUUCCACAUGUUGCCUCAGCGUGAUGGCAUUUCUUGGAAUUCCAUUGUUGCAGCCUGCUCACAGAACGGCAUGUUUGAUGAAGGCCUCAAAUUCUUCCGCUUAAUGCUGAAGGACGAUGUGAAGCCAGGUCCUAUAUCCUUUUCGAGCAUCAUUCCUGCGUGCUCUCACUUGACCUCAUUACAUCUGGGAAAGCAGCUCCAUGGAUAUAUCAUGAGAGCCCGAUUUGAUGAUAAUGUGUACAUAGCUAGCUCUCUCGUAGACAUGUAUGCCAAAUGUGGGAAAAUUGAGAAGGCUAAGUGCAUUUUCAGUAAUAUGGAGCUCCACGACAUAGUUUCGUGGACUGCCAUUGUAAUGGGAUGUGCUUUACAUGGGCACGCACUUGAUGCCAUCUCAUUGUUUGAGAAGAUGCAAAUGGAGGGAGUAAAACCUACUUAUGUGUCAUUUAUUGCUGUAUUGACAGCUUGUAGUCAUGCAGGUCUUGUGGACGAAGCAUGGAAGUACUUUAAUAGUAUGACUCAAGAAUUUAAAAUUAAUCCAGGGUUAGAACAUUAUGCUGCCAUCGCUGACCUUCUUGGUCGAGCAGGUCGGUUGGAAGAGGCUUAUGAUUUUAUAUGCAGUAUGCCUUCAGAACAACCAAGCAGCUUAUGGUCCCCUUUGAUGACUGCUUGUAGAGUCCACAAGAAUGUUGAGUUAGCUGAAAAGGUUGCUGAGAGAAUCCUUCGAGUUGAUCCUGAGAGUAUUGGAGCUUAUGUUCAAAUGUCAAAUAUAUAUUCCGCUGCCCAGAGAUGGAAAGAGGCCGCGAAGUGGAAAGUUUCUAUGAAGCAAAGGGGAUUCAAAAAGAAACCAGCUUGCAGCUGGAUCGAAGUGAGAAACAGAGUCCAUGCCUUUUUGUCAGGAGACACAUCUCAUCCCUACUACAGCAAAAUAAAUGAAGCUCUUGAAGUUCUUUUAGAGCAGAUGGAAAAAGAUGGGUAUAAGCCUAAUACAAGUGAAGUGCUACAUGACGUUGAGGAGGAGCAGAAAAAACAACUGUUACAGCACCACAGUGAAAGGCUGGCCAUUGCUUUUGGCAUCAUAAGCACUCCUCCCGGGACAGAAAUCAGAAUCAUAAAGAAUAUAAGAGUGUGUACUGACUGCCACGAAGCCAUCAAGUUUAUAUCAAAGAUAGUUGGGAGAGAAAUAAUUGUGAGGGAUAACAGCCGCUUUCACCAUUUCAAGGAUGGAAAGUGCUCUUGUGGUGAUUAUUGGUGACAUGGUGAUACAAGAUCAAAUCUAGUGAGCCGUGUUAUCAUAGACAUAUUCAACAACGACUGGAGUAGACUGGGCAAGCAAGAUGGUGAAAUGUGGUUUUGCAGUGAGAUUAGAUGCCAGUGGAUGACGAGUUUUAAAAUCCAGUCAGAAGCUGCAUCAAGCAAUUAAAUGAUGUCCGGAAAUUGCGAAAUGUCUAGUCGACCUUCUGAUUCUGCAUAGGCAGACCAAAAAGGGUUGCUAGAAGGAGCAGUUCCAUCCCUACUCAGUCUGCUCUUAGAUUACAACCAGAUUUACUGUCAGUGACUCGGUCGGAAUAGGCUAACUCGUUCAGUUUCAUUGUUGCCUGAAGACAUAUAAGAGAACACCAGUGUGACGCCAGAGUCAAAAGGUAUCUGGGAAGCCUAGAAUGGCCAGGUGCCACCAUAUUUCUUCAGGGAAGCCUUGAAACACACAAUCAACAGGACGAAAUGCUCUCGAGUGAACUGAGAGGA